AUCGAUCAACGAAAUGAACAAAGUUCUGUUACGGAUUUGUGCGGUACUGCUCCUGCUGGGCAUUUCUUCCGUGGUGGCCCAGCCAGAUGGAAGGAUUGUUGGCGGUGCUGACACCUCCAGUUACUAUACCAAAUAUGUGGUGCAGCUGCGCAGGCGCAGUUCCCCGAGUAGCGCCUAUGCCCAAACCUGCGGCGGCUGCAUCCUGGAUAAUGUGACCAUAGCAACGGCAGCACAUUGUGUCUACAAUCGGGAGGCGGAAAACUUCCUGGUGGUAGCCGGAGACGAUAGCCGUGGUGGCAUGAAUGGAGUGGUGGUGCGAGUUGCGAAGCUGAUUCCCCACGAGCUCUACAACGCAUCGAACACGGACAAUGACAUUGCCCUCGUGAUCGUCGAUCCUGCCCUUCCCUUGGCAACUUAUGACACCAUGGAGCCCAUUGAAAUUGCCUCGACUCAGCCGGCUGUGGGUGCCCAGGCCACUGUCAGUGGUUGGGGUUACACCAAGGAGAACGGCCUGGCCUCCAACCAGCUUCAGCAGGUUAAUGUUCCAGUCGUGGAUUCCGCAAAGUGCCAGGAGGCCUACUACUGGCGACCCAUCAGCGAUGGAAUGCUUUGUGCCGGAGUUGAGGCAGGCGGCAAGGAUGCCUGUCAGAGAGAUUCCGGAGGACCUCUGGUUGUUGCCAAUAAACUAGCGGGCAUUGUUUCCUGGGGAGAGGGAUGUGCGCGUCCCAACUAUCCCGGAGUCUAUGCAAAUGUGGCCUACUUUAAGGACUGGAUAGCCGAACAGAGAGCUUCUUAUGCGACAUUAAAUUAGUGUUACUAUACUGAAUAAUUAUAAAUUGGAAACUGAUUUCUUUCUUUAUAUUUUUGUUUAAUGACAAUCUUUAUUAUUGUUUUGCGUUGCGAACUUAUAUAACAUCAAAUAAACUGCAGUUAUCGAAUCGUAUAAUA